AUGCAUCUGCAAAAAGAGGACUUGAACAGUCUUGAUGCACUUAGACUCAUUGAAUCUACAGUAAAAAACUUGAAAGAAAUACGAGCGGAUGAGAAGGCCAUGGACGAUGAGAUAAAAGGCGCCACUAAUUACGCAAGUCAACUUGGCGUAAAUGCAUUUUUAGAGUUUGAAGCGAGGCAUAGAAUUAGAUUACGGCACAGAAAGAUAGAUGAGCAUCCCGAAACGACAGCAAAGAUUGGUUUUUACCAGUAUUAUCGAAAGGAAAUGGGCCUUGUACUAGACUGUCUCAUCUUCGAAUACGAAGAAAACUUGAAACUUUGCUUGGAAAAGAUAAAGCCAUUAGCAGAAACGCUCCAACCACCACUAAAAGAGCCCAACGCUAAUAUUGUCAAGCAACUUUGCAGUCUCUUCCCACCAAUUGAAAGCAUUGACAACGACAUCUUAUUUGCUGAGCUUGAUGUGUUACGAUCAAUGGAUGAGGCCCAAGCCUUAGCAAGUGUUCAAGAGGCUCAAAGAUUUGUUCAUGAAAACAAAAAUCUCUUCCCGACAGUCAGCAAAUGCUAUCGUUUACUUUCUACCGCUCCCGUCUCAGUUGCAAAGGACGAACGAGUCUUCAGCAAAUUGAAAAUUGUAAAGAGUUACGUACGCUCUGCAAUGAACGAUGAAAGAUUGAAUGACUUAAUUUUGCUGGCAACUGAAAAAGAUCUCACAGAUGGUAUCAAUCUAGACAGCAUUGUGCAGAAAUGGUCAAAGGCAAAACUGCGACGCCUAAGAAUCAAGUGA